UGGUUUUCAAUAGGCAGAGGGGUGGAGAGAUGGAUCCAACCAGCCGUAACUCUAGGUCCGGGGGAUCUGACACCCUCUCUGCCUUCCAUGGUCACUGCUCAAUGUGGUGUACAGAUUUACACGUCAGCAAAACACUCAUAGACAUCAAAGAAAAAUAAAUCUUUAGAUAGCGAAACAAAACAAACCCUAAGCCCAGAUCUACUAUUUGAGCCAAAAUCUGAUAACUCUCUCAGUGGGUCUCAUUCUCCUUCCUUCUCUUUUUCUUCCCUUCUUUUCUUGCUCAUAAAAUAAUAGUUGUCUAGGAUAUGUAUGGUGGUUUGAAUAAGAAUGCCCCCCCAAUUGGCUCCUUACUUGAAUGUUUAGUCACCAGGGAGUGGCACUAUUUGAAAGGAUUAAAAGGAUUAAGUGGUAUGGCCUGGUUGGAGGAAGUGUGUUACUGGGGGUGGCCUAUGAGGUUUCAAAUAUCCAUGCCAGGUUUUAAAUAUCCACCCAGGCUCUCUUUCUGCUUACAGAUAAGGAUGCAGAACUUUCAGUAACUUCUCCAGCACCGUGUCUGCCUGCAUGCUGCCAUGCUCCCGGUCAUGAUAAUGGACAAUGUGUGAGGCCCUAGAGUAAACAAUAAAAGCAGAGCAUAACCCUCAGAAUAGCUGCAAAGAAGACUGUGAGACCAGACCAGCUGCCUGGAAGAAACAGAAACCUACUGAGCUGCAAGAGGCUUAGAUCAACCUGGAAAGGACACUCUCCAACAUGUUGAGCUGCCCGUUGAGCUGUGCCCAGCUUUGUGAGCUGUCACCCGUGCUGGAAGGACAUGUCAGAGGCAAGACUCAUGGCCAGAGACCUCAUCAUCAAGACUGUCCUGCAUGACCAGGUGCCCCGACCUCCAGUGGCUCCUGGGGCUCCCAGCAUGAAGGAGCCUGUGGAGGAAGAAAACAGUUCUAUGAGAGACUUGGACCUCGUGGAGUGCCUGGAGAACAGAAACCAAGUGGCCCUGAGGCUGGCCUACAUUGGUGAUGAGAUGGACCUGUGUCUUCGGGGGGCCCGUCUGGCCCAGCUGCCUGGGAUUGCCAUGCACAGACUCGCUGUCAACUACAGCCAGACGGGUGCCAGGGGGAUUUUCAGAAGCCUGAUUCGAGGCCUCACCAACCUCAGGGAAAAAAUCUGGUCCUGGAGAGUCCUGACUCCUGGUACCUGGGUGUCACCUGACCAGGCCCGAGGACAGCUGUUUCCCAUGGUGCUGUUGGUCCUCUUGCUGCUGGGGGAGGCCUUGCAUUUGCAGCUUCAGUGAAGCCCAGCAGGGGCAGGGCUGGCCCCUGCUCCUCAACCACCCCCUAGAGGUGCCGGCACCCUAACUGUGGUGUUUUCUAACUGUCCCUUUUUUUUAUAUUUAACUCAGGAUAGUGCUGAGAUUUCAUACACAUUUUCUGGGUUUUUGUAAGGCAAAUGAAUUCACUAUAGCUCAGGGGCAUUACUGGCUAAAUGCCCCUGAGGCCUGGCUGGCCCCUCUCUUGACCCCUGCCUGCCUUUUCUCUGCAGGCUGGUCCUGUGGCCACCAGUGGGGGGGAGUGCUGGCCACACCCCUGGCUUGUGAAGCCUUGAGGCACAGAAUCUACUGGACUAGAUUCCUUGGGGUGGAGAGUUCAAUAAAGUGAAUCAAGUGUUGUUUCCA